AAAAGCAAAAAUAAAUAAAACAAAAAAAUGAAAAUGGCAAUAUCAUUAAGUGAUUGCUCAGCAUUAUUGGCUAGUGGCGGUUAAUCUCCGCGCAGACAGUUCGCUUUACUCAUUCGAGCAACAAAGACUGCCACAGCUGACAGCUAAUGUGCGGAUUAGUUGACGAUUUGAAACGUCAAGUGGAAAGUAGAAGAAAGAAUUAUAACGAAUUUGCCGUUUAUUGUUUUAACCAAAAAGAAGUGAAGUGCUAAAAUCACAAAUAUUUAAAAAAAAAAAAACUUUAAAAAUCACAAAAUGCAUUCACAAAUUGAACUGGUAGACAUUAGUUUAAGCACACCGAAUACACCAAAUACACCGAACACGCCAAGCUCACCAACGCAACGACUGGACCAGGCAACUGGUGCUAUUUUAAAUUAUAUGUUGGGUGAUACUGUGCGUGAACGUGAUGAGGAGGAACAGGAUGCCAUUGUGGAGGAGUCGGUAACUAAACGCAAGCAAACACGUACCGCUUGGCCGCCAGCGGCUCCUUCGGCGAAUGAUGGGAAACCACAACUACGUUACUUUGCCGUCGGCCCGAGCACCUACCAAAUACGCUGCCCGUUGUGCAAGCAACGCGCCGACACAGAAACGGUGCAAAUGGCUGGCAUCAUGGGACAUCUCAGUUGUCUGCUCUCAACGCUAUCCUGCUGUUUUCCUAUAUUCUCACUAUCCUUCGUAUAUGUCUGUCUGCAGAGUCGUUUGAAGAGUAAACGUAUGUUCUGCAAUAGAUGUGGCGGCCAUUUGGGUUUCUUUUGGCGACCAACUUGAAAAAAAAUAUUUUUUUAGUGUUUUUUUGUUUUUUAAUAUAUAUAAUUUAUGGGUAGGAAAUAAGAGGUAAUUUUAAAAAUAUUCUUUUAAUUUUAAUUAAUUAUUGAUGUGUACUAAGAUUUGCUUUUAUAAUAAAAAAAAUACGUAUAUGUAUGUAUAUCUACAA